AAGAAAGAAAGAGCUCGCGUGUGAUGUGUUUGUGUAUCCUCAGUGUUUUUCUCUCUUGAGUGUUUUAUUGAGUGUAAACAGAGUCUUGUCUCUGUGUAUUUUAGUGCUAAUGAUGAGAUGGAUGUGAUGUGCUGUAAAUCAGGAACUGAUCAGGGUUUACAGGAUGAGGAAUCUACUGAUCAAACCUCCACAGAGUCUCUGGAUUCUGUCUGGAACGCUGGAGAACAGCAGCAGAUCCUGCAGACCAAACUCAAGAUGUGUUCAGUCAAACUCAUCGACUUCAGGAACCUCAUGAUGAAGAUCAAAACUGAAACCACAGAAGUGAAAACUGAACCGACAGAAGUGAAAACUGAACCUAUAGAAGAGGAAGAUGAUGCAAAUUUGUGUUGUGGUGAUGAUUUUAUUCUUUCAGAUAUUUCAGAAAUAAAAACAGAACUCACAGAAGAGGAAGAUCGCAGUGAUGAUUUUAUUCCUUCAGAUGAGAAGAGUCAUUCAGGUUCUGAGGGAGAAAUAAUGUUCUCAACAUCACAAGAAAGGCAUUUAGAGAGACAUGAGAGAAAACACACAGAACAGAAACUCUUCACCUGCAGGAGAUGUAAGAUCAGCUUUACUACCUUACAAGAACUGAGACGUCAUUCAGAAGAGCACAGAGAGAAGAAGUGCUUUCACUGUUACCAGUGUGGAAGAGAUUUUGACUUCUUAUCUCAGCUGAAUGUUCACAUGAGGACACACAGUGGUGAAAAGCCUUUUCACUGCACUGAAUGUAACAAAUAUUUUAGCACCAAACAAAAUCUUGAUGCUCAUCAGAGAAUUCACGCAGGAGUAAAACCAUACAAGUGUCCUCACUGUGAUAAAGGUUUCUGUAAGAAAUCUUAUUUGAUCAUCCAUGAGAGAAUUCACACUGAAGAGAACCCGUUCAAAUGCUCUCAGUGUGAGAAAAUGUUUGCUAAUUCAAAGACCUUAAUAGCCCACGAGAGAGUUCAUACUGGAGAGAAACCUCAUCACUGUGGUGUUUGUGGGAAGAGUUUUAAUCAACGUGAUUAUUUAGUGAGACACCAGAGAACUCAUACAGGUGAAAAACCUUACAAAUGCUCUCAGUGUGAUAAAACGUUUGCUCAGUCAGGUCACUUAAAAAUCCAUGAGAUAGUUCAUUCUGGAGAGAAACCUUACGUCUGUAGUGUUUGUGGGAAGAGUUUCAGUCGACCACACAGUUUAGUGACACACCAGAGAAUUCAUACAGGUGAAAAACCUUACAAAUGCUCUCAGUGUGAGAAGACGUUUACUCAUUUCGGUUCCCUAAAAGCCCAUCAGAGAAUUCACACUGGAGAGAAACCUCAUCACUGUAAUGUCUGUGGGAAGAGUUUUAGUCAACAUUACAGUUUAGUGACACACCAGAGAACUCAUACAGGUGAAAAACCUUACAAAUGUUCUCUGUGUGAGAAGGCGUUUGCUCAGUCAGGUCAAUUAAAAGUCCAUCAGAGAGUUCACAUUGGAGAGAAACCUUAACACUGCUCGAUCUGUGGAGAGAGAUUCGCUUUAUUAGAAAGUUUUUAGACUCAUUAGAAGAAACAUACUGAUACUGAAGAGUGGUGUAAAACCAACAUCAGGGAUCUUGCAGUGACAGAAUUUUUUCAUUGACUCAACAUCUGAAAUCUUUCUCAAGGGGUCACAUCUACCUCCAAGUAGGCUUGUUGCGAUAGUCGGUGAAACGGUGAUUACCAGUGCUUCAGCCUCUCACCGGUUGGAUCACUUGCCCACGGCGACACCGUCUUUCACCGUUGUUUUGAUAUUUUCUUGUAAUUCAAUCAUUUAGUUUCAUUAGAGAGCAAACACUAAGAACUGAAUGUGUCUGCUGCAUGCUGAAAUCGCGUCAUCACAGAGCAGCGGCUGCGGUUGUCAGAUUUCAUUUAUUCCUGUCAGACUGCGGCGAGCUGACUGACCAGACGAUCAUGGCAGAAGCCGCCUGCUUACUCGUUUUUGUUAUAAUAUAAAUAUAUGAUGUUAAAUAUAAGCGAGAUCGUUUUGUUCUUGUGUUUUUUUUUCAUUAAGAAUAAUAAUAAACUUAUCAUUCAAGCAGCGCUUUAUGGAGGAAUAGCCGGUUGCUCUGCUUGGGACUGGCGGGUUUCUGUCAGAAGUACCUGCGCACAUUGACUCAAGCACUUAAACCAGCUGUUGCACUCGCAAUUGCAUGCAAAUUUAUACGCGAUUUAACGCAGCAUACGCAAGCGCUGGAUUUAAACAACAGGUGCAUCUAAUUCAAAAGUGAAAGUAAAAUGCGCACCUCUGUAUGUGCAUUUAUAAGGCCCUCCCACCCGGUGAAACCGGUAUCACCGGGUUUGUCACGUGCUGAUUAACCGGUGGGAAAAUUCUGUCACCGCAACAACCCUACCUCCAAGACAACAACCCCAUUGUGUGGAGACAGAAGAGUCACCUAAACAAGAUUACUUGCAUCUGUUCUACUUCUUCACCCCAUCAUCAUCCUCUCAGCUUAGAGCAUCUGAAAGCUGACCUGUAAACAGCUGACCAUUGAGUGUUGUAUGAAAUUUUACAUUCUGCAUGCACAGAGACUCUGAAUCAGAGUCAUGUUUGAUAUCAUUUGAAAUGUCUCAGUGCGAUUGGUACAAUGGUCUCACUCCCAUAACUACAGAAUUCAAUAGUGUUAUUUAAAUUAAUCAUUUAAAAAGUGUAACAGUAAAUUAGGCAAACUUCACUCAACGUUGAGAGACACCUACCACCUUUAAAUAUGUAAACCAAUCACACAUGAGGUGAAGCCCCUGGGUCCAUAAGACCCCAUCAAUACCAAGUUCCUAUCAUUAUUACAAUGCUUUGUUCUUUGUGGAUAUUUAAGGAAAGUUUGCAGAAGGUUGAGGGGGAUUUUCUAUAUUUUAAAUGAAACCCACACAUAACGUAUCUCUUUAUUUCACUUGGGAAUUCUGCAGCCAGAUGAACCCACACUAUUACUAUAUAUCAUCCUUUUGCCAGGUCAGCUUUUAUAUAUAAAGCAUGUUGAGUGCUGCAGAAAAGCUCUAUACAAAUGUAACAAAUUAUUAUACAGUAAAAACAUAAUCAAUAAAAUGGUUAUGCAGAAAACUGCAUUUACAUGGAUUUAGAGAUUUGUCAAGUUUCACACAGGCAAUAGCAUCACCACCUAUAGUACAUAUUUGGUCAAAAACAGUUUUAUCUCCUCUCUUAUACCACAGGCCUGUUGAAUGCUUUAAAUUUUUUUUUGUGGUAACCUUGGUAUAGGAGGAAUAAUUGACUCCUUUUGAAUUAUUUGAAAAUAAUGCACACCUGUUUCACGUCGUGCUGCAUUACCACCUUGGGUGUGCAUUAUUUUCUAAUAAUUUAACGGCCCGUCGUCAAUUACACCUUACCUGUCUGCAGAACUUUUAAAUCUAAAACGAGCUUUUAUUUUCGCUGUUUCUCUGGCAACUGCUUGAGCCAAGCACAGACUUCUGGGGACACCAAAGACUUAUACAUCUUAAGAAAAUCUCCCCUUCAAAACUACAUAUUAUUAAAGGAGUCAUAUUAUGAGAUUGUUUUAAGAUGUAAAAUAAGUUUUUGGUGUCCCCAGAGUGAAGUUUUAGCUCAAAAUACACAUAAUUUAUUAUAAGUUAAAAAUGCCAUUUUGGGUGAGCUGAUAAAAUGCAAACACUGAUUGCCAGACAUGGAUUCGCCAUUGGGAGGACCGGGAGAAUUCCAGAUGGACCAGUCUGUUUUUUUUUUUUGCUAUAAAGGCCAGUGAUGUCAUGCAACUGGGUUGAAGUUUGCUGUAGGCUGUCAGCACUCACCCCUUUAUGCCCAAGUUGAUUGUGUCCAGAGUCCUGACCACUUAUUAGAAGAAUUCUUGCAUUAUAGUGUGGUCCAUUACCAUCUAAAACGCAAUGAACCGCAGGACCUGCUUCUUUCUUCUUUUCAAAGUGCUCGCCUGUAAACACAAGUUUUGUUUCAGAAGUGUCUGUAUUUAAGUGCGAUUGCUGCACAUUAAGAUUUUAAAUAACCUAAACAUGAGCGUGACUUGAAACAAACGGUCUCUAUAAGGAAUAUUAACUACAAAUUGUAGAUCACAUCUAUGUAACAAUGAAUUGUCAUUAUCGUCUAUUGCAAGAGUAACAAAAAGUCAAUUUGAUGCCAAGGUCAUCCAUGAAUAUAAUGUUUUCUUAAAGGGGCCAGAGAAUGAAAAACCAUUUUUACCUUGUCUUUGUUGAAUAAUGGUAGUCUACCCGCAUUCACGAACAUACAAAAAGUGCUAAACAUCUCAGUCUCAUAGAAAUUCCCCUUUUAGAAAUGUCAGCCAGAAAACGGCCCAAUCUGAAAACUGAUGCUUGUGACAUCACAGGAUCGCAUCUCACUGCCCCUUCACUUUAAAAUAAUUGACUACAUUUUUUGAGUGGCAGCAAAGUCAGCCAAUCAGUAAUGAGAUUGCAAAUUAAGCCAGUAGGGGGAGCCAAAUAGGUGCAAAACCACUUGUUUAAAAUCCCCCACUCUAAUAGAGCUAUUUGAGAGAGGUUUUAAGGAAGCUUCUAAGGCAUUAUAGACCCAAACAAAAAUAUUUUUGUCUACAUGUCACAUCACAGAACAAGGAUAAAUACCCCGUUCAAUCAUUCUAUGUCACCUUUAAGUAAAGCAACAUUUUGAAAGUCUAUUGCAAUGCAUUACUGGCUGGACUCCCAGGCUGCACAUCAAAACCACUACAGAUGAUUCAGAAUGCAGCGACAAAAUGAGCCAAAGAUGGUGAGCACGUCUCUCCUGUCUUUGUGAAGUUACACUGGCUUCCUAUAGCAGCUUGCAUUAAAUUUAAAGCUCUGCUCCUGGCCUUUAAAACCACAACUAGGUUAGUGCCCACUUACCUUCACUUACUUACUUACAUACCCUCUCAAUCCCUACGCUUUGCCAUCUCAAAAAAGGGACAAAAUCACUUUCACAAACCCUCUCUGGUUCUGUUCCUCAUCUGUGGAAUGAUCUGCUCACUCUGUAGCUGUCUUAAAGAAUCAGCUAAAAAACAUCUCCUCCCCCAAUACCUCACGCAGGCGGAGGUUAGUCAAAAAUUCUUAUAUUAAAGUCAUUCAACCGGGAAGUAGAGGGCUGUAGUCCAAACUGGCCGUUCACUGUAGCCUUUGAAAGGCGAUUUCUGUUAAAGAAAAUGGUCUAAGGUAGGAGGUGUCUUCCAACAUUAUGUGAGGUUUACUUAUGUUAUUGUUACAAAUUAACCUUGAAUUAUGUUGUCAUCUCUGUGUGCCUAAUAUAUCACAUGCGUUGAAACAUUCAUAAGAGACCAAACAAGACCAGUUUUAGAUACUUUGUGCAUGUAAAAUGUUUAUAUACAUUUUGCUGUAAGAGCUGAGGAGAGGGGGACGAGAAAGUUCAGUAGGGUGUGACUCUACUGUGUUCUGUCAUUUUUUUUUCUCGAGGUAGUUGUGAAUUCUUUGAGAAAGGUUUCAAAUGUUAAUUCAACAGGAAUUAGAAAAAGGUUCCCUGUGGAUUCAGCCAUUUGGUGCUGGUCUUACAAAUAUCUUUCGUCAGGGUUUGGCACCACCUUACACCUGGCGGUGAACUUUGAGCUUUAUCAUUUUACAGGUAUUAUUAUAGCAACAUUACACACUAACUAGGGUUUAAAAAAUGGGAUCAGGAAGAACGUGACCUUUAAAAUGUACUAACUAACCCUUGGCUAUGUAUACAGUGUUAAACUUGAUCUGACUUUUUCUAUUGCACUUAUGUAUUGCUGUUCUUGUCUUGCUCAAAUUGCUUCUAUUGUUUACCUCACUUGUAAGUCGCUUUGGACAAAAGUAUUUGCUAAAUUACUAAAUGUAAAUAUUUGUUCUUUUUUAAAAGUAGUCCUAUCUUACUUUAUUUGGCAAUAUACAGUACAUAAUCCUUAUCUUCAUUUUUUAGUACUUAGAUCUUUAUUUUUCAAUCUGUUUCCCAUGUAUACUUGACAAAUCUUGCUUGUAUAUUGUAUAUCAGGGGUCUCCAAACUUUUUCAACCCAACAGGUAAUCUCAAGACCCACCAUAUUUAAAAAAUUGAAAUAUAGCGGAAAACAUUUGUUCCCAUUUAGUAAUUUUUUAAUAAUUUUAAAUGUGGUAGGGAUGCACAAUUAUGGCAAAAAUUUAGGUCUAAGGCAGGGGUGAUGAACCCUGGGUCCUGGAGGGCCACUGUCCUGCAGAGUUUAGUUCC